UCGAGUAUGGAAAAGAGGGGCUUUCCGUUUCAUGUUCGGGAUCACCAACACGAUCCCAAAAGGUUUAGAGCUGAAUGUGUCAAUGAUGAUAAGGGUUCUUAUGAUAAAUAUGGGUUUGAUAUUGAAACUCUCCUUCGCGUUAUGGUUCGUGAUGAGGUGGAGAAGACGAUUGAGCCUUACCUUAUAUUGGAUCAAUCAUCUUCUACAUCAUUAACUAUUAACGAUCAAACGAGAGAAGAAGGUAUUGUUGAAUCUGGAGCGGUGAAGCUGAAGUUACAUUUCAUGAACAGGGUUCCCUCCUUUAUUUACACCACCAACGACAUUGAAGCCGAGAACAACGAACCACUGCGAAUUGCGCUGUGUGAUCCCACCAACUGCAACAACAUUGAUCCGACAGAUCCUUUAUUAUCAGCUCUGAUUGAGUUCGUCGUCAUUAAUGGAGAAUUCGACUCUACCCAAAGAGACGACGAAGUUCAUUGGAGUGUUGACGAAUUCAAGAAAAACAUUUUGAUUGAAAGAGAGGGAAAAAGACCUUUACUUGUUGGUAACGAUCUUAGGGUUCGUCUAGAAAACGGAGUUGCGGUCAUCAAACAUUUGAGAUUCACCGACAACUCAAGCUGGAGGCGGUCGAAAAUGUUUCGAUUGGGGGUAAGGAUCAUUGAUAAUGAUAUUUUAGCCAAGUACCCAAGAAUCGGAGAAGCUAUAUCGAAUCCUUUUAGAGUCAUGGAUAAUCGUGGACAAGUAAACAAGAAGAACCAUCCACCAAAGAAUGAAGAUGAAGUAUGGCGACUCGAAGGGAUAGGAAAAGACGGUAAAUAUCACAAGAACUUAUCGUCCAAAGGUAUAAAAAAUGUGGAGGAAUUCAGAAACGCUUAUAAAAGAGAUUCUUGCUCUCUAAGAAAGUUGCUUGGUGAUAAAGUUCCAAACAAGACAUGGAAGGCAAUGGUUGAUAAUGCUUUGGAAUGUGACUCUCCUACUACUUGUUAUCAAAACCUUGAGGUUGGCAACCCACAAAUUAUCAUAAGCGAUAGCCAUGGGUUACCCCAAACAGGCUUUGAUGGAUAUCAAGGCUAUGAUUUCACGAUAGAAGAUUUUCAAUCUCUGUUGUCACACGGUCAAGCUUUAACCUCAAAUUAUCGUAACGAUACACACAUGUACAACCAAUACAACCAACAACAAGAACCAAGUUGGUGCCUAAACCCGAGUAAUGAAAACGAUGUUAUUAAAUAGAACCCAUGUAGAGGUCACGAGUGCUUU